AUGGGGACUGUGACACUGGAAUUGUCCCUGCUGGCUGUGGCUCUCCUGUGCCCAGCCACUGCCAUGCUGCGCAUCGGUGCCUUCAACAUCCAGGCCUUCGGUGACACCAAGAUGUCCAACAAGGAAGUGGCAGAGAUCAUCACCAACGUCCUGCGCCGCUACGAUGUGGUGCUGGUGCAGGAGGUGCGCGACUCCGACCUCAGCGCCGUCACCGAGCUCAUGGAGCAGCUCAACAGCGCAUCCACAUCCCAAUAUGACUAUGAGAUCAGUGGCCCCCUGGGACGGGAGAACUACAAGGAGAUGUACCUGUUUAUCUACAGGACAGAUGUUGUGUCUGUGGUGGACACCUACCAAUAUGAGGACCCCCAGGAUGUCUUCAGCCGGGAGCCAUUCAUCCUGAGGGUCUCAGCACCCAGCACGAAGGUGAAGGAGUUUGUGCUGGUGCCCCUGCACUCGGCCCCACAUGAUGCUGUCGCUGAGAUUGAUGCGCUCUACGACGUCUACCUGGCCAUCAUUGACAAGUGGGGGACUGAUAAUAUGAUGUUCCUGGGGGACUUCAAUGCCGACUGUUCCUACGUCCAGCCAAGUGACUGGCCGUCCAUCCGCCUGCGCACCAGCGACAUCUUCAAGUGGCUGAUCCCCGACAGCGCCGACACCACCGUGGGCAAGUCAGACUGCGCCUAUGACAGGAUCGUGGUGUGUGGCAACAAGCUGAAGAGAGGCAUCCUCUCCAACUCAGCUGGUAUCUACAAUUUCCAGCGCGCUUUCCAGCUGGACCAGGACGAGGCCCUGGCAGUCAGUGACCACUACCCAGUCGAGGUGAAGCUGGCAGCCUGAGCUCCUCCUGCAGCCACAGACCAGGAUCCAGCUCCAGCUCCCACCAGCAAUCCCCAUGAAGUUGUUCCACUCAGCCCCAUCCGCAAGUCAUGUGCAUGGGCUGCCCCAGAUCCCGGUCUGGAGAAGGAUGGCAGCUGGCUGUGCCCAGACCCCCCAGCCCACCAUGAACCAGAGCCUGGGGACAGGCCACCAGCCAGGACACUGUGACCACAGACAAGCCAUGGAACAAAGCACCCAUCUCCUACCUCAUUGAAGAUUUAUUGACAAACCUCAUUUCACGAUUAACUGUUGGACAGGAGGGAGGACAUCCAAGGACCACCAGGCUCAGACCACAGUGUGUUGAGACCCUGUCCCUGUCCAUUCCUCGGGGGGCUGGGUGGGCUCUCCCUGCCCUUAGGGAAGGCAGCAGUGGUGUCAGGCACUCUACAGGCACAAAGCGAAGAGGCAGCUGGGCGGCUGUGGGAGCAGGUGCAUGUCACCAACUGCUGGCACUGCAGGUGGCUUCGCUGUGAGACCAACAGCUACUGCAGCGUUUCAGAGGGUGACUCGACCUCCCAGGGACCAGCUGGAUCCUUAGCUCUUCCUCUUCUUCAGCAUCUCCAUGUACAUGCGAAGGGA